AGCAUAGAGCAUCAAACUAAUGAUGCACCUGAAAAACCUUUAAAAAGAGUUCCAACAUUUGUUGAACAUUGACCAUUGCAUUAGGGAGAGUAUUUGCAGUGAGAGGCUGUCUCAGAUUCACCCAGCGUCUAUUGAGAGACAGGAAAUGUAAUUGCUUAAUUGGAAUCACUAGGUACAUAUUAUUGCCAACCCUUGUUUGUGUAGUACAACAAAACUUGCUGUUCACUGACUAUCACUGCAUCCUACGGAGCGUGCAUAUCUUGGGAGUGUUUUCGGUAUUGAGGUUCCACCUAUCGACAGGACAGGAUGGCACUUCUCGAUUACCCUAUUCCAGAGCUAGAUGUCACCUUACAAGAGGCAGGCCGUGUGCUCCAGCUCACCCUGAGCCCCGAGCUCUACCCACAAUUCAAAAACACCCUUAGCCAACAGAGGGAGGUCCUGCAGGAGACCCAAAAAUGCUUGGCGGCUGCCCUCUCUGGCCGAGAGAACUGGGUGACAGAGCAAUUCAAGAACCGGCUGCUUUCAUGUACCGACCCCCUGCCCACCUCGACAGCCAUCCCUGCUGUCCUGCCCCCCUCCAGAGCCAAGAAGGAGUGUUCCCAACUUGAGAGGGCUGCCGCUCUGCUCUGGGCUGUGGCCAAGAUGUAUAGUGAGCCUUCGCUGGUAGAGGGCGAGGGGCAAACUGAGCGCACACAGCAAUCAGAGGUGUUUGCUGCCAGCCGCAUUCCUGGGAAGACCCAAGAUGAGAUUAAAGUAUACCCAGACUGCCUCCAUGCCAUCGUAAUCUGUGCUGGAGAGGUAUUUUCAAUCAACAUACUGCAGCGUCUCAGCCCAGGUGGGCCUAUGUCCCCUUUACCGUUCCCUGACAUCUACAGCCAAGUGGUUCAUGUGAUGAGCCAACAUAGAGCUGCCAAGAACAACAAGCCCUCUGCCAUCUGCGGCCUCUCUGCCCUGCAGCGGCAAGCCUGGAGCGCUGUGAGGGAGGAGAUCCUGAGAGCAGGUGGGGCAGCGGCCGCCUCACUGGGGUUGAUGGAGAGUGCUGUGGUCGCUCUCUCCCUGGAAGACUGCAAUCCACCAGCUGAUCUGGCAGACACCCUUAACGCUGUCAGACUGGGAGGAGGAGAUGGGCCCUGUCUGAGAUACUAUGACAAGGUGGUGAACCUGGUGGUAUUCAAAGACAGCACAGCAGGGAUGGUGUUUGAGCACAGUGCACUGGAUGGAAUGGUGGCUGGGUUAGUGGCUGAGACUGUGUGGUAUCUCUCUGAGUCUCUUAAUGUAGACCUAGUCCAGGCCAACACAGGAAGCAAUGGGUCAGCCUAUCUUAACAAGGCUGAUUCCUCCUCCCCAAGCCCCCUAGCAUUCCCACUACAGGGUAUAACUAAAACAGACCCCCCAAAAUCGUCCCCUAAAGCAAUUCAUCCCAUCAUCACGUUUGAGGUUCUCUCUUACCCAGAUGUCUUUGCUACCCUCAGGGGUCACAGGGGCCUGUACGAUGCCUGGAUCAACUUUUCCUUGCAGCUCUCCCUGAGGCAGACUCUUGGGGAAUCUGCUGCCAGCCACAUUCUUGUAACCCCUACCCAUAUGCGUCACUACAAGCAUGGCCGCUGCGAUCCGACAUACUCCCUCACCAUGCAAUCCUACCAGCUCAUCGGUGCUUUGGAAUCCUGCAUCGGACCAGACAACAAACCUCGAUACACGAACGAACUGCUCCGUCUGUUCCAUGUGGCUUUCCUGGAGCACAAGAACCUGAUUAAAGCCACUAAAAGUGGACAUGGUGUGGGCCCUCACCUAGCAGCCCUACGCUGGUCCAUGUCUCCAGACAACCCUCUCAAGAAGUUUCUUGACCCUUUUGGGUGCCCCUCUGUUUACCUUACUGGUAAGGAUUUGAUGGAGGGAGUGGAGCUUGCUGUAGGGAAUGUGUAUGCUAAAGACCAACUUGCUGUAACCUACCUGGGGAGGAGAGACCGGGUCCGUAUGGUGCUCAAUGGGAAAGGUACCUUUGCCACAGUGUUGGAGAAGCUUCAAGAUAGCCUGAAAGUAAAUUUGAAGCUGGUGAUGCUUCUCGCUGUCAGAUAUUCCAUCGCCGGACAAAUGGGAGCCAUGGAGUGUCUGCUGCAAGAAGGACAAGCAGGAAGAAGGAAUGGAUCCUCCCAAGGGGAAAUUCACAAAAGUAUCAGUCCAGCAGGCCAAAAACAAGGCAAGACCAUGUCUAAGUCAGCACUUCCCUCUAACUCUGCCUCCAAGAUGAGUCCAGACUUCACUCUGGUAAUCCAUGGUGGAGCUGGGGAGGAGAUGAUGCUGAAUACAAAGGUGGUAGGUGUCAUUAAAUUUGCUCUCCAUACAGCUCUGACCCUCGGAGCACAAGUGCUACAACAAGGAGGCAGUAGUCUUGACGCAGUGCAGCGGAGUGUGCAAGCUCUUGAGGACUGCUUUCUGUUCAAUGCCGGGAAGGGAUCUGUUUUCAACAAAGAUGGGAAAAAUGAGAUGGAGGCGACCAUAGUAGAUGGAAAUGGGAUGAACUCUGGAUCGGUGGCUUGUGUGCAGAGUGUGAAGAACCCAGUGAAAGCAGCAAGACAGGUCAUGGAGAAGAGCGUACACUCACUCUUAGUAGGGGAAGGUGCAGAAGAGUUUUUGCAAGGCUUAGAAGAGAGUGAGAAGCCUAUGAGGGCGGAGUACUUCCAAACUGAUGUCCGUCGCAGAGAGCUGAUAGCAAAACUCAGUYCUGGCAARGCCUCCAAGAACAACCAUCCACAGAKYGUGGGAGCUGUUGCUUUGGAUCGYUGGUGUAGGUUAGCUGCUGCAACGUCCACAGGUGGGUUGGUGGGAAAAUGGAAGGGUCYAGUUGGYGACACKGCAYUAGUGGGAGCAGGUAUAUUUGCUGAUGACAAYCUUGCAMUAACKUGCUCUGGUGAUGGAGAUGUGUUUCUWKAGCACACAGUUGCACAAAAAGUYGCCAGUCUCUACCAUCAUAAAGGCUACAGCCUUAGGGCYGCYUGUCGAGAAGUCAUYUCUGAGAACUUGAAGGGRAGCUGUGCUGGAAUCAUUGCUGUAGACGCKAAAGGSGAUGCUGUUYUUGAAACCAAUGRUGGGGUGWUGUUUGUAGCWUCCAUGGUUGGUGGCAUUGCACGUGUCGAAGUCCUGAGACCKAUGAAGAGUUAUURCAAUGUYAUCUGGGAGACUGACYAAKUAGUUGCUCACCUACACUCKKACCCUUGGACACCKGGUGCCACCAUCCUUACCCAAAAGACUCUGAGUGGYCCYAGCAGCAUCUUUCASRUGGRUGUACCAGAUUUCUUAGKACUGUUGCAAGGKGCAKGGGCUGUUUCAAACCUGCUAUGCGAACGACUGGGGGUACAGCGUUGCGCCCUAGUAUUUAACCCACAUCCCGAGKKSCCGGCCCAUAUCCGAGUGCUACCACUUCAUGGCCUGGAAACCAACUGGRGCCCCCAWKRMACCGGGYAGGAGGACUUUCAGCCCUAUGACCCAGGUUACUGRASCUCAAAGYGUGGCCCYCGCUGSGAAGARGCAGAUCUGGARCAGGUUCAGGCCAAGAUUCGGGACAAGCUGCCAACGCCUAAUGCACCAUCGUGCUAUGACUUCUUAGGAGAUCCUUCCCACAAUGGACUGUUCAGCCGUAUCGUGCGUGGGGAGGAGCAACAGUGGCGGGUGUGGGAAGACAGUGAUCAUGUGGCUUUCCUCACUCCCUACCCUAAUACACCUGGACUCACAGUUCUAGUGCCACGUAAACCACUGUCKAGCAARAUUUUCWGUCUGGAAGAGACUGAUUACACAUCACUGAUCCUGGCCACUCGUAAGGUAGCUGGACUGCUGGAGGAAGGAAUGCAUGCUCGAGGUGUUGCACUCAUCUUUGAGGGCUUUGAGAUUGAUUAUGCCRAUGUCAAGCUGAUKCCUCUGGUUCCUCCACGUGGUGACAAGCCUGCUGAGGUGUUCCCAGAGUACUUCCAAAGCUACCCCGGSUARGUCUCAUCUYRCGAUGGCCCUCCCGCCAGCCCUGAAWCUCUAAAGGAAAUCCACACCAAAAUCACACUUUGCAGGCCUCCUCGUUCCUGGGAGGACCCACAGAGCCACUCCAUGUUAGCCAUCAAGAGCCAGUGGUACCGCAAUCUCUUUCAAAUUCAAAAUACCCUCUUCCACAACACAGUGGAGUACUUCAACAACACCUGUCAGUACGCGUACGCCAUGACUCCUCUCACCACUGACACAAUCUCCUCUCCGAUGGGCCUGGGAUCAGACUCCGAGCCCGUUUACGUCAACUUGCUGGGGCAGGAUGUGUACUUGGCUGACUCCAUGCAAUUUGUGCUGGAGUAUUUCUUGCGAUUCCAAGAGAACUUGCCAGGGACAUACUAUGUAUCGCCAAGUUUUCGGGGAGAAGAUCCAGAUGCCACUCAUCUUAACCAGUUCUACCAUGUUGAGUGUGAGCUCCUGGGUGACAUGGAUACUGCCAUGCACAUAGCUGAGGGAUACGUGGCUCAUCUCACCAAUGCAAUGCUGAAGAAACACUCCAACAUCAUCCUGAACACCGCUGGGACCCUUUCACAUGUCAAGGACUUACUGGAGAAGUUGGAGGGAGGAACCCCUCUCCCAAGAGUCACUCUGGACAAGGCCAUCCCUAUGAUGCCCUCGCCAGACUGCUUGGAGUGGGUACAGGAUGGCCAGCCCCAGUUUGGCAGGAAGUUAACCCGCAAAGGAGAACGGGUUUUGAUUGAGAAGUACGGAGGCGCUGUUUGGCUGACAGAGAUGGACCACCUGGGAGUGGCUUUCUACCAAGCAUAUGUGGAGGGCUCAGGCAGACGCAAGGCAAAAGCAUCGGACCUCCUCUUGGGAUUGGGGGAGACUCUGGGUCUUGGGGAGCGUCACUCUAACCCUGAGAUGGUGCAAGAAGCCCUCAGACAUCAUGCAGUUCCAGAGGAAUCCUACAAGUGGUACAUCAACAUGCGGCAGGUCAUUCCUCUACUCACCAGCGGGUGGGGUAUGGGCACAGAACGCUACUUGUGUUGGCUGCUUCAGCAUAAUGACAUCAGAGACCUACAUAUUAUACCCCGUAUGAAGGCCAGGAAAUACAUGCCUUGAAAUAUCCUUAACCCAUUAGUUACCCAAAGACUGAUGAAAAAGUUGCCCUAACUGUCAGRUCUUUCAUUGAACGUCCUAAGGGAUGCAUAGAAAGUGAGACAGCCUAUCUAUAAAACUCUGAAAGUAUACAAAAACAUUAGGAACAAGAGAUGAGUUGCAGUUAUGAGAGAGCAGUGAUUGUGUGUUGAAAAGUUGCUGAUUUUGUAGAUGAGGAAGGGCAACAAAUAGUGCCGGUAUUUCCUAAUCAAUGAUACGGUAUAUGAAAAUAUACAAAGGUACCAGUCAAAAGUUGACACACCUACUCAUUCAAGGUGUAUUUUUUAUUUUGACUAUUUUCUAC